UUUACCCCGGAUAAGCUUGUCAAACCUUCCCAACCAAAAAUUCGGAAUACAGUCCCCUAUCUCCUAGACUAUAAAGUAAUUGCUGCUUAUUUUUUUAACCUUACUACUGGCCCAAAUUGGUUGGACACAUAAUUACCCUCAUUCUUGUUAAAAUUUUACCAAUGAAUAUUCAUGAUAUAUUUAUAUGUUAACUGCUCUUCGUGUUAUAUUCACAUUCACGUCAACAAAUUUUUUUAAAGAUAUAAGUACAUUAAAUUUUGCCUUGUAAAUUAAUAAGUGAAUUAAGUGAAUUACUUAAUCAUGUUAAUUGAAGUUAUAUCUACUUUAUAUUCGAAGCAAGUAAGAAGUACUUAAAUUUUCUUGAAUCUAUAUUGUACUAAUGAAUCAAGUAAAUUCAAAGACACUUUAGUUUGAAAUAUAAUUCAGAAGUAAUGCAUUUUUAAUACUUAAAACUGCAUAAGAAAAUAAAGGAAUAUUUGGAAAGCGGUGCAUUAUUUUAGAGAGUACAAUUUAGAAACAAUCUACUAUUUUUUCAAUUUUUAUCGUGUUAUAUAAAAUUUAAUUACAGAUUGGCCAAAACGUUUCGAGAACGAUUCCGGAUUCUCUGUUUACUAAUCAUCGCUUUCUUGAUGGUCAAUGCGGGUAUAAUGGUUUUAUCAAUGAACGGGUAUACUUUUUCGAUCUUGACGAGGUCAACUAAGAAAUCAAACGAGCAGAUUAACAACUCUGUCUCUCGGCACAACAUGAAAGGGGACAUCAGUAUGUUACUAAAGGAUUCCCAAGAGACUCAAGAAUACUCAUUCACACAGCGAGAUAAUGUCACAGGGAUCGGAAACCAAACGUUGAAAAGGAGUGAUCAGUUGUUAGCAAAUAUAACAGACCACCACGUGCAAAAUAUGAUUCCUGAGAGGUGUAUUAAGUAUUUAUCGAUAUAUACUCUUGAAGUGAGCACAUUUAAGGCUUGGCCUGAAUAUGCUAUUCUUGAAAAGGUUUUCAGUGAAACAAAAGAUCGGAAGGGUCCUUACUACGACAAUAGAGUUAUUCGUGAUAAUGAUGUUCCAACUGUAUUCAUCGAAUGUCCAGACUUUAUGUGUGAUAUAGCACUUCGGACGACAGACGAUGAAAAUCUAUUGAAACAUAGUGACGCCAUAUUCAUCAACUUUUCACCAUGGAGGUAUAGGAAUAGAAUGCAUAAAAUUUCAAAUCGACUCGUGAAAACUCUGCCAGAGAAUAUCAGACUUUUCUUCUACGCCAUGGAAAACCCAUUGAUGAUGACUUAUUGGGACUCAACUAUUGAAGAUAUUCAAUACAAUUAUGACAUGACAUAUCACUCAGAGAGUGAUGUAAUCCUUCCAUAUAGUCGCUAUGUCCACGGGGAACCGACAGAUAUGCAAGUUAUGAACUAUGCCGAGAAUAAAACCGACCUCCUUGUAUGGGUGGCCAGUAAUUGCAACAAUACAUUCUGGCCACGAAUGGAAUGGGUACAAGAUCUAAAGAAGCUGAUAACCUUUGAUACAUAUGGUAAAUGUGGUGACAAAAUUUGCCUCCCUCGAAUGUCUCCUGAAUGCACAAGGAAACAAUCUCGUUACAAGUUUACCUUGGCCCUUGAGAAUGCACAAUGUAAUGAGUACAUCACCGAAAAGUUUUGGGUAAACGGCCUCAUGAACGGUGUUGUUCCAAUUGUUUAUGGAGGGAAACGAAUAAGCUACGAGCAAGUAGCUCCCCCUAAUUCAUUCCUCCACGUCGCCGACUUCUCUUCACUGGAAGAACUUGUAAAUUAUCUCCUCAAAGUCGACAAGAACGACAGCCUUUACAAUGAGUUCUUUGCAUGGCGGAGACAGGGCCGCGUUGAGAAGAUCUACCCUGAACUCCAACCUAAAUCAUUUUGUAAGUCUCUUCCCAUACUGUCGGACUCAACCCCAACACCUGCCAAGAGAGUCAGAGAUUCGAAAUAUUUCCAAAGUUGUCAAGGGGAUGGUCAUAGAUCAUUUACAGAGGAGGGUGACAUUAAUAACUGGACGCCAUGGAAGUAAAGAAGGGCCUUCGAUGGAGAAUCCAGGUGAAUCAGGCCAAUUGACAUUAUGAGCAAAGCGAGAUAUUUACUUUUUCAGUCAUUCAGAAGCCUGUGGCUCGAUCUUCGAGUUUCUUGGGUCUACUGCACUGUUACGGCACGUUUUGGUAAAUUGCAAAUUUAGUAAAUUACCAAAAUGUGCAGGACAUUGACGGCACAUUUUGGUAACUUCUGGGAUUAUUCGCUCACUUGACUGCUGGGUACCCAUUAAAAAAUCAUCGCUAUUCAUCAUUGUCAAAUUAUCAUUAAACACAACUUAUUUUCAACAUCUCUUUGAAAAGAGGGAAAAUCGCCAACGAAAACAAAAUGUCUAAUUUCCUGUGCUAUAUAAUUGUUCUUCUCUGCUGUACUUUGCUGAGAUUGAUAGUACGAUUCUAGUUCCAGAACAGUUGUCAUGGUUUGUCUAAUGCUGAAGUCGGCAGAAACGCUGGAAAGAAAUGGAAGAAAGACAAACAAUUAAGCUUUCAUGGAUAAGGAAAGAGAAAGAAAAACUAUUUGCAAUGACUCAUGAGGAGGAUUAAUAUAUCACCAUUCAAGCUAAACCUAAAGCUAAAACUUUGUAGAGUCUAAAUUGAAAACUUGACAUUCUAACCAUUUUUUGGUAAAAAUGAUCAGGAUGUUAUCUGAAUAAACUAUUAAUGCGAGUUCAAAGUGCUAGCUGAUUUUUUUUUGUGUUCUGACUGAAAGCUUGACAUUCUAAACACUCUUUGUACCAAUUACAAGG